GUAUCUAGGCCAAGGGGUUUGCCAACCACGCAACCGGCUUGCCCCUCAGUAUCCUCAGUGUCUUGAUAUGCGAGAGUGGAGGAGUGCGAGUCCGAUAUCUGAAUGGAGUCGUUGGCGCCGUGGUGGUUCCGAGUUUGGCUCUGGUCAGGGCAACCAGUGCUAACCCAUGACGUUCCUGAUUCAUGCCAAAUGUCUUGGCAAGAGCUGUCAAAGACCGAUUCAAGGGUGUACUUGUAUGAGACUCACAGCGAUCACAACAGGCCGUCCGGUCGGGCCAUGAGUAGAGACAUCUCGUGUGGUGUUCUUUCGCAAGAUUAUUUUUUACGCACUUUUUAAUUUAGUUAUAUCGCACCUCCAGAGCUGAUGGAAAGUCGGUCCCCUUCCCGCAGGGUGCGGC